GGGGGGGGGUAUUUUGUAUAUAGUAGAACAUACCAGCUAUUGAGUGUGAAUUGUGGGCUGCUGUAAUCACUGUGUUUAUCAAUAGCUCCAGCCCACAAUGUACACAGAAUACUACUUUUCAUUGGGUCUGGUCCCUCAGGAUUCCCAGGUUAUUGUGGUUCUCCAGUUAAUCACAGGGACCUUUCUUAACCUGUUCCCCACAUGCAGGCACACCAUACAACCAAGCUUCAGGAAAAGAGAUGAAAACAGGGCCUUUACUGCACUUGAAGCUGUUUACACUGUAUGUCUGUAAAAAGAUCUCCAUGUGGAUUCUGCAGAAUAAGCAGCUGUCUACAUUGUAAAGACAUAUCUGUUAUCUUGUUCAGAUGAUGUUUGACAUCUUAUAUAGAUGUUACAUUGGUUUUAUUACAGUUCUUUGUUUGCAAGGGGGCUGAUUAAAUGGGGAAGGAGGAUGCUUUUUUGGCAGGGGGACUGCAACAUUCCAGGAGAGAAUGUUGAGGUCAGAGAGGAGCUCCCAGUUGUCAAGACAGCAUAGAAGAAAGGAUAUACAGGGCUUGAUGGAAGAGUGGUGGAAAGAAGCUGAAGUCGCAUUUCAAGAGUAUGAGGAUAAAUGUGUUUGAUUAAAUGAGCCAAAAAGCCAAUGUGUGGAUGCAAGAAGUAACAGAAUGCACAUAGAGAGCAGCAGGCAAUGUUUGGGAGGGUGACUCGGGAAUCUAGGAAACGAGGCAAGAGGAUGUUGUAAUAGUCUUAAGAAACCAUCACAGCCUGAAAUAGGGUCUUGCUAAAGGGUUUUGAUAUUCUUCUCCUGGAGUUUUGGUUUGCUUCUUACUAGGUUAGUAAUUAUUCAGCAUUUAGCACAAAAUGUGAACAGGAGCCCACAUCUCAUUGAAAGGAUUUUGGUAGCUCUGUUUAGAGAGGGGGAGAGCACAUCUUACUAGUAAACCCAUGCCCUGUCUUAAAACCAAAUACUUAGGGUGAAGAAGAAAAGAGGGUUAUUAAUACACUUGGAAAACAUCUGAAGAGAAACAAUUCUGGUAAUGAUGUGGAAUUACGUGGUGGCAGAAACAAGAGACUGAUUAGGGAGAAGUAAAAGGUUAAGAUGUGGCUACCUGAAGGAAAUAGUUGAAGACUUCUCAGGAAAGCAAGAAACAAGCAGAGGAGUGGGGUCAGUAUAGAAUCAUAGAAUAUGCCUGAACCCUAAUUUGUUAUCAGAGAACAGAAACUGGGAUCAGAAUAGGUGAAUUUUAGUUCUUCCCAGUAUUAGGAAGAAAAAGUGGCUUCAGUCAAACUGAAGAUUUUAUACCAUGAGUGAUCAAAAAUAGAGGAAGGAAAACUUUAGCAAAGGAAAGAACAGGAGAAAAGGAGGCAGAAUUAAAGGCAUGAAAUGAACUGUGAUUUCAGAAGGGUUAUGAUGGAGAGAAAAAUUACUUCACACCAAGGAAAGAGGCUGUGGCAAUCGGGAAAUAACGAACUUGUACAAAGGUAAGGGAAUGCAGGGAGCCAUGAGCUAAUGCACAGUACUGGGUCCGUACAUCAGCUUUCCUACAGUGUGAAGGAAGCUGAGAACAUGCAUCCCCAAAUACAUGCAAUUGUGGUUGGGUUUUUUUUUUUUUUGUUCAUUUUGUGAAGAAUGUAAAAUGUUCUAGUAGCUUCAAUUAUUAUGUGUUGGCGCUAUAGAAGAAAAGGAAGUAAUUGGUGCCCUUGGGAAUUGUUAUCCAUAAACCUAACUGAUAAUCUGUAACGAAAAUACAUACAGAGAAAAUUGCUGUAUAUUUACCUUUGCUACUGGUAUUAAUUCAAGCCAGCAGUGUGCUUGGUUCACCACAGAACACUAAAGAGUUGCUGCUCAGAAGAGUGAGCAGUCUAAAAGAAAGAGACUUCAAGUCAUUUAAGAGAACUGUAUGCAAGGAAUCCUGAAGGUAACAGAACAAAACCUGUGAAAACUGAAAUUUGUUAGUGGAAAAACUGAUGAAAGUAGCAGCUUGUUUACUCUUAUUAAAGGGUACUUUAAUAUCUUAAGAGUUCAGAGAAAGUGGAAUAGAUUAAAGUGAGUGAAAGAAAACUGAGCAGUGGUGUGUCAGAUGUGUCCUGCUUCUCAUUAGGGCUAACAGCUUUCUUCUACUAACCACCAGCCGAGUUAAUGUGUGGAGAGAGGGAGAGGUUUCUUCAGGCUGCUCAUAGACCUUUUAAACCAUCAGAUAACUGCUCAGUGUAGACGAUGGUUCUCAGUGUGUGCUGCUGGACUUUGCCCUGCUCAGAGACGAGCCAUUUCUCCAGUACACGGUGCUAUUCUUUUGCAGUGGUACAGAUUGACACAGCACGGGAGCUGGAAGACCCAGAUUUCCUUACAGAGAGCUACCUGAACCUGGCUCGCAGCAACGAGAAACUCUGUGAAUUCCAGAAAACAAUCUCUUACUGUAAGACCUGCCUGAACAUGCAGGGUACCACGGUGAGCCUGCAGCUGAAUGGCCAGGUGAGCCUCAGCAUGGGCAAUGCCUUCUUGGGCCUCAGCACCUUCCAGAAGGCUCUGGAGUGCUUUGAGAAGGCUUUACGCUACGCACACAACAACGACGACAAGAUGCUGGAAUGUCGAGUCUGCUGCAGCCUUGGGAACUUCUAUGCCCAGCUAAAGGACUAUGAGAAAGCCUUGUUCUUCCCAUGUAAAGCAGCUGAGCUGGUGAAUGAUUACGGCAAGGGCUGGAGCUUGAAGUACCGUGCAAUGAGCCAGUAUCACAUGGCAGUGGCCUAUCGGAAACUGGGGCGCUUGGCAGAUGCUAUGGACUGCUGUGAGGAGUCCAUGAAGAUUGCCCUGCAGCAUGGUGACCGGCCUCUGCAAGCGCUGUGUCUGCUGUGCUUUGCGGAUAUCCAUCGCAGUCGCAAAGACAUACAGACAGCCUUUCCUCGGUAUGAUUCUUCCUUGAGCAUCAUGACAGAGAUUGGGAACCGCCUGGGCCUGAUCCAGGUGCUGCUUGGAGUGACCAAGUGCUGGAUGAUCCAGAAGGAGCUGGACAAGGCUCUGGAAAGCAUUGAAAAAGCACAGGAGCUGGCAGAGGGACUAGGGAACAAGCUUGGCCUGCUGAAGCUCCACUGCCUGUGUGAAAGGAUCUAUCGCACAAAGGGGCAGCAGCAAGAAUUGCGUGACCACGUAGUGAAGUUCCAUGAAUGCGUGGAGGAGAUGGAGCUGUACUGUGGCAUGUGUGGAGAGUCCAUUGGGGAGAAGAACAACCAGCUCCAGGCGCUGCCUUGCUCCCACUUCUUCCACUUAAAGUGCCUCCAGACCAACGGGACCCGGGGCUGCCCCAACUGCCGCCGCUUGUCGGUGAAGCCCGGCUACGUCUGACCUUGCCGCCGGGGGGGCUCGGGCCGCGCCUCUGGGACUGCGGCAGCCCCGCUGUGCUCGGGCCCCUUCGGGCUGCGCCGGCCCCGCCUCAGCGGCCGCGGUGCUCGGAUGGGCAGCCGGAUCCCC